AUGCUGCGCCGUCAAGCCCGUGAACGUCGAGACUACCUCUAUCGGAGAGCUCUGCAGCUCCGCGAUGCCUCUAUCGCCGAAAAACGAGCGCAACUCAAGGAAUCGCUAGCGACCGGGAAACAGCUCGACCCCUCUAUCGCAAAUGAUAAAAGUCUUCGCGAAGACUUUAAAUUCGAUGAAUCACUACCAACUGCAGACAAAAAGAAUAAAGAGUCCGACCUUCUCGACUUGGAUGAUGAGUAUGCCCUCACUUCUGGAAUCGUCGAUCCCCGGCCAAUUGUCACGACUUCUCGGUCUCCUUCGGUGCGUCUAGGAACGUUCGCCAAAGAAAUCCGUCUUCUCCUUCCAACUUCUAUCCGUUUGAACCGUGGAAAUUUGGUUCUUCCCGAUCUAGUGACGAGCGCAAAUUCCUCAGGCCUCACCGACAUGAUCCUUCUACACGAGCACCGUGGUACCCCUACAGCUAUGACGAUCUCACAUCUUCCCCACGGUCCCACCGCUAGCUUUUCUCUGCAUAACGUCGUUCUCCGCGCUGAUAUCCCCAACUCCGCUCGUGGAACUGUAUCGGAAAGCUACCCUCAUCUAGUCUUUGAGGGGUUCAAGACGAAGUUGGGUGAGCGAGUGGUGCAGGUUUUGAAACAUAUGUUCCCUCCGCGGGAGGCUGGAAAAGUCGGAAAUCGUGUAGUCAGCUUUGUGAAUAAGGAGGAUAACAUCGAAGUCCGACACCAUGUUUUCGUCAAGACCGGAUAUAAGGAUGUUGAACUGGCAGAAGUCGGGCCACGGAUGACAAUGAGAUUAUUUGAGAUUAGAGGAGGUUCGCUUGAGAAAGGCUCGAGUGGCGAUGUCGAGUGGGCACUCACGCAAUACACAAGGACCGCCAAGAAGAAGGAAUACCUCUAG